CAGCUACGGCCAGGAGAGGAAGCAUCCUACAAGAAGUGCAGAGCUGAACUGCGAGUUUUCCCAGUGACUGAGGAGGGCUCAGCCCUGCCAGGACCCACCGGUGCCCCACGGGGAUGGCUGGCGAAUCCCAGGGUGGGGCCCAGGGGCCAGGAGAAAUGGAAGAGGAACAGGCUGAGUCUCGUACAGUCGCCCAGGAGUUCCUUGACUGGUUCUUGGGGGCCCAUGUGUAUCCCGAGCAAAGGGAACACCAGAGAAGGGAGCGGGAGUGCCAGCUGGUGCAAGCUCUGGCCAGCAGGAUCAUGGCUCGGGUGCAUGAGUGGAACGUACAGCUGUUCACUGGAGAAGCCAUCCUGGUGGGCAGCCAAGCCCAGGACCUCCACGUCCGGGCAGAGUCCAGCAGCAGCGACUACGACUUCCUGGCCCCCAUCCAGUACAGGACGAACGUGAUCCUGCUGGGGACCCUGUACAGCGCGCCGGGCACAGAGCUACAUUUCCUGCCUUCCUGGCUGAGCCUGAAGCCCGGGGUGCCGGUGUACCGCUGGGAGAACAAGCUGGUGGUGGAUUAUAACAAGGUGACCCUGAGAGACAUCUUGGAUGGGAAGGUUCUAGACUUGGACCUCACAGAGGAAGACAUAAAAGAAAUAAAUAGGCGACGGAGGGAUCUUUGGAGGAGCGGCAUCGAUCCAUUCCUGGUAGCUAGAAAGUUCCAUGAAUUUGUUGAGAAUGCUCUGGCCGAGGGCAACAUUAGACUGAGCGACUUUGCAAAAUGCUCUUCCGUGCACCUCAGCCUGGAAGUGGAUGGCCAAGCUGUGUCUAUAGACCUGGUGCCCACCAUCCAGAAUAAAGUGGACAUGUCCAUGGAUUGGCCACGGCAGGAUCUCCGGUGGCUCUCCGACUGGUGGGACCAGGAGCAAGACACGGAGCGGAUCAAACCCACCUGGAAUAUCAUGGACAUUUACAAAACUGGGACCGAUCUGAUGGCCAAGAAUCUGUAUUGGAGGCUCACUUUCUCCCGGGCUGAGACCCAACUCCUCAGGGACAUUGACCUCGAUGGUGCUGGGUGGAGGCGGGAGGCCCUGCAGCUGCUGAAGCAAAUCAACAUGGAGAAGUGGGGGCCGCGGUACGGCAAAGUCCUGACCUCCUGCCACCUGAAGAUGGUCCUGUUUUGGGCUUCUGACCUCAACCCAGAGACAAAGCACUGGGCCACGUUGUUGGAUGCUCUGGGGACCCUGCUGAAGGUGCUGGAGUUCUGCCUGGAGAAGAAACACCUGCCCAGCUACUUCCUGCCUUCCAUUAAUUUCUUCGACUGGCACCGGGCUGAGGAAGAGAAUUCCCUGAGGAACCUGGGGCUGGAGGCGCUCAGACUGGAGGUGAGGCUGAUGAGAUGCAGCCCAGAACGGUACCUGCAGCUGAGCUACGACCUGGCCAAGCCCCAAGGCCCGGGACCCUUCGUCCAACGGGCGCGGGAGCUCGACGCGUUUAGAAGGGAGCAUCAGAACGACUUGGAAGAGUUCAAACACCUGAAGGAAGAAAAACAGCCGGGACAGGGAGCUGCGAGUAUCUUCUUCGCCCAACACAGACACUUGGGCUCAUGUCUGCAGUUAAAUAUGCUACGCCAGGAUUUCUUAAACUGGGGGUCGGGACCCCUCAAGGGGCCGUGA